GUGGCUAGGGCCCGGGAAGCACGGACGGGGACGAUGCGCGCUCUCGGAGGAGGUGCACACAGGCGCGCGUCACUUUCUGCCCGGGCCCUGCUGUUUCCCGGCGUGCCUUGCGUCCGCUGCAGAUAGGCCACGUCCCCGGGCCACGUAGCUCGGCUCUCGCCAUUUUAACGGAUUGAAGUCAGCGGCUGUAGCGUCAGAGCCAGUCUCCGCGGCCCCGGGUCACCUUACCCUCUCUCUUCUCCCCCCGGUCACCGCAGACCCCUGAUCCCAGGUCACCCGCCUCUCCUUACAUCAUGAACAUAUUCAGGUUAAGCGGGGACUUGUCCCACCUGGCAGCCAUCAUCAUCCUGCUACUGAAGAUCUGGAAGACCCGGUCCUGUGCCGGUAUUUCUGGGAAGAGUCAGCUCCUCUUCGCGAUGGUCUUUACCACCCGGUAUUUGGACCUCUUUACAUCAUUCAUUUCUUUAUACAACACUAGUAUGAAGCUCAUCUAUAUUGGCUGCGCAUAUGCAACCGUCUAUCUGGUAUACAUGAAAUUCAAGGCCACAUACGAUGGGAACCAUGAUACGUUCCGAAUCGAGUUUCUUGUCGUUCCUGUUGGUGGAUUAUCCGUCCUGGUUAAUCACGAUUUCUCUCCCCUCGAGAUCUUGUGGACCUUCUCCAUUUAUCUGGAGUCUGUAGCCAUCCUGCCUCAGCUCUUCAUGAUCAGCAAAACGGGUGAAGCGGAGACAAUCACUACUCAUUACCUGUUCUUCUUGGGCUUGUACCGUGCCUUGUAUCUCUUCAACUGGAUUUGGCGCUAUUCCUUUGAAGGGUUCUUUGACCUGAUUGCCAUUGUGGCAGGUGUGGUGCAGACCAUCCUGUACUGUGACUUCUUCUACUUGUAUGUUACUAAAGUACUAAAAGGAAAGAAGUUGAGUUUGCCAGCAUAAGUGCCAAAGACUGGGACCAGCAGCUGUCCAGCACACCAUUCGGACAGAACAAUCCUUACUAUAAGUGAAGAUGCAAGAUGCGUGAAGCAGAGUCAGGCACUACUUUUAUAUGCAGACCUGCCCCUUUUUGCUGCCGGAGAGGCCCGGGACGGAAUGAUUUGCCAGCCCCUCCAACAGCAAAGUGGUUUAAUAAAUGACUCUCUGGUUCUACCAGCUGAUUUGUUUUAUGCAUCUUGCCUUCUCUGUUUUUUAUUAUGAUGUAUAAAGAUUUUUUUACAUAAAAGGUAUACUGUAAUAGAUCCAGUGCGCAGGUUCAGUUCAAUAGUUGUAAAAGUGAAAAUUUUGUGCGGUUUACAACUAGGUUCAAGUGCAAAUUCUUCUUUUUUUUUUUUUUUUUUUCAAAAUGAGACUCCGUCUCCCCCUCCUCCGCAGUUCCUGGCUUUUCAGUUUCUAGAUUUUCUUUGUUUUGAAUGCUUUUAGCCUGUAAUAACUCCAAUAUUUCCUAGUCAUUCCACUAUAAUUUAUUUCCUCUUGGGGAGGACUGGGGCUGCUUAUACUGAAAUGAUCACAUUUAUCUCAAGGAUUUUUUUCUUCCCCCUGCUUACAUUAAAGGCAUGUAUUCAGAGAGAUUUGUCAGAAUAAAGCGUAUGGAUCACAGUGUGUUGUCAGCAUGUUGCAGUAUAUGUGGCCGUAAUGGGAUUGGUUGCCAUUAUACAGAAUAACUUUUUGCAUUUUAUAUGUGUUUCUAAGUGGAUAAGGUUUUGUUUUUUGCCCUCCCAAUUGGACUUCCUGAACGUAUUGAAUGCUGAGGAUUACUAAAGAGAAGAAAGUGCCAUUACGUAGUCCAAAACGUAGUACCUUUCAUAAAGAAAGUGGUUUGGAACCUGCCUUUCUUCAAUGUGACUUUUCCUUCUAAGACUCUUUCCCUAUCAAGUGACCAGUAGAAUAUUAGUGCUGGCAGUUACUGCUAUGUUGGUGCGGGCACUGUGUUCCGACUCCUUUGUCGGAUAACUUUAUUUGGUCCAUGUCAUGAUGGUCUUUUUAGUGAACUAGUUGGUCACUUGUGACUCUCUGGCUUUCAGACAACUCUCAGCACCCUUAAAAGGAGACUUUCAUCACAGCCACAAUGCAGCCACUCCCCAUGUGUCACUACUUCUUGGAAUCUACCCAUGCAGUACAUUCUGUAUUAAAAGGAAAAUGAUAUUAAAUAUCAAUGGGUUAAAGUAAAAAUGUUUAAAAAUAAAAAAUGACUAUCUUUA